UUCGUUUCUUGUCUGAACCGUCUUUCUGAGGUAUUUUGCUGCCAUCUCUCUUUCUCCCCCCACCUCCCCCACAGACACAAUCUUCCUCAGCCUCUCACCCAAAUCCUUACCCAGAGGAGCAAUAAGAAAAGCUGAAGAAGGAAAAAGGAAGGAGGAAGCAAGAACCAUGUCUUCUCCAAGCAAGCGCCGAGAGAUGGAUUUGAUGAAGCUGAUGAUGAGUGAUUACAAGGUGGAGAUGAUCAAUGAUGGCAUGCAAGAGUUCUAUGUGGAGUUCCAUGGACCCAAAGACAGUCCUUACCAGGGAGGUCUAUGGAGGAUAAGGGUUGAGCUGCCAGAUGCUUAUCCUUAUAAAUCCCCUUCGAUUGGCUUUGUCAAUAAAAUUUAUCACCCAAAUGUCGAUGAAAUGUCAGGAUCAGUUUGUUUGGAUGUUAUCAAUCAGACCUGGAGCCCCAUGUUUGAUUUGGUCAAUGUGUUUGAGGUGUUUCUUCCUCAACUUCUUUUGUAUCCCAACCCAGCGGAUCCAUUAAAUGGAGAAGCUGCUGCUAUUAUGAUGCGUGAUAGAGGUGCAUAUGAACAAAGAGUGAAAGAGUACUGUGAGAAAUAUGCCAAACCCGAAGAUGUUGGUGCAGCUGGGGAGGACAAAUCAAGUGAUGAGGAGCUGAGCGAGGAUGACUAUGGUUCGAGUGACGACGAGGUCGCCGGCAAAGCUGAUCCUUAGGUACUAUGUUGUUGUACCAGAAGGAAAAAAGAAAUUUCUUUUCAUCUGUACAUGAUCAUCUGCUAUGAUUCCCAUAACAAGUGGAAAAAGAAAAAAAGAACUGAAGGUCUAUGGGGGGAAAAAUUUCCUGCCCUUUCUAACCUAUAUUUUCCAUGGAUGAUUUGUAAAUUAUUGUCUGGAUGUUUCAUGUUGUAUUGAUUCAGUGCUGGAACUUCUUCCGUUUUCUC